AUGGCGGACACUCCUGAUCCGACUAACCAGGCAAUACUGCAAUAUGCGCCGGACUGGUACCGGGACAACAGUCGGGAAUUCCCAUCGCACAGCUUGGACGACGAUUAUGACAGCGAUGACAAGAAAAAGAACAAGAAGGACAACAAGAACAACAACGACGACGAAGACAAAGACAAAGACGACGAAGAUGAAGACGAGGACGAUGCCAACAAUGAAGAUGACGACGAUGCUAACGAUGCCAACGAUGCCAACGAUGAUGACAGCGACUACUCAACGGACAAGAUCAUCAAGACGGCGACCCGGUCUCACGACAAAGCAGUGCAGACCAACGCCAGCCAGAGGCAGGGGGAUCAAUACGCACCCCUGUUCGUCCCGCAGCCACCUGCCAAGUUCGCGAACCGCGGGCAGUGGGAGUUCAUCGAGUUCGUGCCCGGAUGGACGGACCCGAUCUGGGAUGGCCACGAGACGGUCAAGAUUGACGACCGCCACAAACACCUCGUGCGUAAGAAGGCGGGCGGCGGCAUCCUGGACCGGCUACGGCCGGCGCAGCUGCCGCAGGACCGGAGCCGGAACCCGACGCCCUUUGCGAUGCGGUGGGGCAUCCACCCGGACCGCCGGGACGGGCGGUCGCGGCUUUCCCCAACGCGCUCGGCGUUCCGGCGGUUUCGGGUCGACGACCACGACACGAUCCAGGUCGUCGGGGACUACAUCGUGAAGCAGGCUGAGAUACACGCGGCGGCGGCGGGGGCAGAGGACGUCGAGGCGCUGCUGGAGACGUACUCGCGGCUGACGCCGGGCGGCGAGUCGAGGCAGCCGUCGGCGACGGAGCAGUUCGUGGUCCAGGCGAUGCAGGACAUCCGGGACGACGAGGACUGGCAGUCCCUCGUGUUUUCGGGCCUGACCACGCAAGAGCUGCUAGACGACGGGAUACUGUCGCUCAAGAACACGUACGGCUGUAAUUUGGAGAACGACUUGCACGGGCUUUUGCAGCGGGAUAAAUGGGACGCGGCGACGUGGCGAGGAGGCGAACCCGAUAACCCGCGGCUAGUCUACCAAGCGGGUAAAGUCAAGGGUGAAUGGGAUCCUUCUACGAACGACGACCUCUGGCAGAGAAUGCAACCCGCGCUCCAGGUCGCCUCGCGGAUCCUCACCCACCUCGAACACCACGACCCCUACUGGGCGCGGCUCAUGGAUGUUUUCAACCGCGUACCCAUCCCGCCUUUCCGGGAUCCGCGGCCGCCACACCAGCGGAAGAAAUACCCGGCGUGGAACUUCCGGAUGCGGGACGACGACGCCGUGUCUCGGGCGGCGGCGGCGGCGGCGGCGCCGUGGACGGUGGCCAAGCCGGACGUGCGGGCCGCGGUGGACGCCGUCGGCACGACGUGGCGGACGCUGCACUCGUGCCUGCGGUUCGAGCUCAACACGGGCUUCGACGUGGACACGGUGAGCCAGACGCUGGCGGGGUCGACGGCGGUCCAGGGCGAAAAGAUCGUUGUGAUGCUCGCGGUGGAUUGUCUCUGGCCGCUGGUGGUAGAGGGGUACAGCCACGACGAAAAGAUCUCAAGUUAUUUCUCGGUGGCGGCGACCAUCAUCCACGAGCUUGCUCAUGCCGUGAACUACGCACACAUACAUUGGCUCUACAGACCGGGCCCGGCGGUCGACCAGGUGGCAGACUUUCAGAAACACCCCGAGUUGGAGCAGAAGCUCGUCGAUAUUGGAGAGAGUCUCUUUGGGAAGCAGGAUCCGAAGAAGCUAAAGCUGAACCCCAUCGAGCCCUACUUUGAGAACCAGCAGAAAAGCGAGCUGGGAUUUGCCACCGAGGGCCAUGUCUUUGGAGGGAGCAACUGGCAGACCCUGAGCCAGUCCAACCUGUCAUUCAAGCAUCUCAAUUUUCUCCCCUCGGGAUCCCUGAUGGUGCGAUGGCCCACCGGCUUCAAGUAUAGCCACGGCCGCAUGCAGACGCCGGAAGAGCUCAAGAAAAGCCCCGCGGCGAUGGUGCUAAGGACGCCCCCGAUCGUCGUCGACACGUACCGGGUGCCGGUCAAGGUGGCCGAGGUCGCCCGGCUCUUCUCCGAGGGCUUCUGGCGGUCCGAGGUGGUCAAGUUCGGCACGGCGGCGCUCAAGCUUGGCACAGCCGACCCGACCCGCGUCCGGUUCCUCUUGGACGACCCGGUGCCCGUCACCAAGAGGACCGACGUCACCUCAGACAUCUGCGAGAAGGUCAUGGAGCUCUACCCUGAUGCCGAGAAGCUGGCCGAGCUUGGCGGCAUCGUGUGGGUGUUCCUCGACCGCCUGCUGCUCGAGUACUUCCUAUACCCGACGCUCCGCUUCCGCUGGCAAAAGGACUACAACAACCUCUACACCCGCCUGGGCGCCAUCGACCUCGGCGCGAAGCAGUUCAGUCUCGCCAUCAAAGAGGUCCAGAUCCUGGAUCAGUAUCUGCGGUGUAGCGCGCGGGCCCGGAGAGGAGGGGGGAACGUCGCCGCCCAGUUGGACGCCUGGAAAACGACCACGCUGCAGCUGUACCGCGCCCAGAUCCAGAAGUACGGGGACUCGAGCUCCAAGGUAUCGUUCGAGCUCCCGCUCGGCUCGGACAGGCUGCAGGACGACGCCACGUUCUGGGACCGCAUCGGCGAGGUGGGCACAUUCGCGCAGCGGCGGUUCGACGGCCUGCUGCGGACGCUGUACGACCUGCUAUCGACGGAGAUCGACCGCAUCCACGAGAUGUACAUCGACAUCUACCGGCUGAGCCCGGAGGAGCGGGGAAAGAUUCGGCGGCGCAAGUUCGUCCAGAACCUCCUGGGCCGCCUCGACAUCCUCGAUAAGGCAUGCCGCCACACCAUCGUCGGCCACGGCGGCAUCUCAGCCCUCCGCCUCUCGUUCGACGUGAAGCCGCACUUUGCGCAGAGCUUCACGGUGCUCAUGCAGCGCAUCAAGGAGCUCGUCCCCUGGGCCCACGACGUCCGCGAGAUCAACCCGGCCAACGCGCACCGCCUGACGCCCUUCAUCCCGAACAUCCGCAAGGCGAGGCGGCCGGCCUCGGCGCGCAUGGUCAAGCUGGCGCAGAAGGAGAUCAAUCUGAUGUCGGUGGAGGACUUGGUCGCCAUCGAGCCGUUUCUCUUGUUCGUGAAAUACCGUCUCGAGGCGGCGGAUGCCAUCGAGAUGGACCUGACCAAGGACCAGAAGGACCAUCUCGAGCUCAUCGUGGAGCAGAUGAAAGCGGCGUACAACCCCGCGGCCGCCGACAACGACGGCGGCGACGAUGACAACUCGUCCGAGGAAGACGAACCGCUCACGAAGAUCAUCCGGAAGCGGAAGAACCGCGGCGACGACCUGGCGUCUGGGCAGCACGUCGUUAGGCGCAGGAGGAUCUACGUGCCGCGGCUGUCACCCCCGGUGCUGAGACACCCGAGGCCGUUGUCGAGCUCCACACGGCCGCCACACGAUCACUGGCGGCGCCGGCGGUCGUUCGGCGGCAUGGGCAGUUCGUCUAGGAUGGGCUCCUCUGUGGCCAGCUCGAGCCUGCAGCCUCCCCUACCGAACCCUUUCGCCUCCAUGCCCUCCAUCACGUUCCCGCUGGCGAACCAGGGCCUUUCGCCCACGUUCUCGAGCCAGAAUAGUCAACAGCAGCAGCCGCCGCCGCCGCAGCCGCCGCAGGCGUUCAACGCGUUCCCGGAGCGGAUGCCGGUGGGCCCGCAGCCGAUGGACAUCUUCCCGCACCCGGGCGCCCUUUCGGCGACCUUCACGCAGGACCUGGUCGCGGAGCGGGACUACAGAGCGGCGCUGGCGGCGCAGUCAUCCUCGGGCCGUUCAUCUUCGUCACCGCCGCCGCCGCCGCCGCCGCCGCCACGGCUCGGUUCGCCGCUGCAGUUUAGGAAUAGCCCGGGGGUCUGGGACGCGCCGCGCGAGGUGGCGCCCUUGAUCCCGGACUCGCCCGAAUCGGAACAGGGCCGGCGCCGGGUCCCGGACCCGCAGAGAUGGUCGCCGCUUACGGAGUCGCUGUCUUCUAUGCCGCCCAGCACUCCGGGCAGCAAGGGAUCGGCCGGGCAGCAGGAGGAUGAGGAGGAGCAUUCUGGGUCGGGGUUCGUAGACCGGUUGCGUGGACGGCAUUCGAGGCGGUCCUCUCUUAUCAGGUUGACGGCAUACGCGGAUACGGAGAACCUUCCGCCAUAUCCCGCCGGCUCCGUCCCCGUUACCUUCACAUCUAACAACCCGGGCGGCGGUAGUGGCUCUGUUGAGAAUGAGGAUUCUGGUGCUCUCGGUCGUAAGAAAGAUACGGAACGUCGUAGGGCGGGUUGGCGGCCGGCCGAGACGCGGAUGACGGGUGUGCUGUCGAGUCCGGUGGCCAGAGGGGGUGUGGGGAGGAUGCCGGGUGGUCGUGACCUAGAUGGGGACGAAGAUAUGGAGUACUACUAG